AUGGACAGCUUUUCACUCGUCGGACAAACAGCUCUCGUCACGGGUGGCACCCGUGGUAUUGGCCAGGCCAUGGCAAUUGCAAUGGCCGAGGCUGGGGCCGAUAUUGUCCUUCGAGACUGCAGUAACCAGGAAACGAAAGCUCAGAUCGAAGCUCUGGGCCGCAAAGCGACCAUCUCAACGGCCGAUCUCUCAUCCCAGGCAGAGGUCUCGCAACUCGUUUCGAGCGUAUUGAACAAUGGACACGACAUCAGCAUUCUUCUGAAUUGCGCGGGAAUCCAGCGCCGACACCCGAGUCACCUCUUCCCCUCCGAGGACUGGAAUGAAACAGGUCAACGCGGGCACAUCAUCAAUGUUGCGUCGCUUGUCUCGUUCCAGGGAGGUCUCACAGUUCCCGCAUACGCCGCUGCCAAAGGUGGUGUUGCACAACUCACCAAGGCGCUGUCCAACGAGUGGGCAGCGAAAGGCAUUAAUGUCAAUGCCAUUGCACCGGGCUAUGUGGCGACCGACAUGAACAGGGCCUUGAUUCAGGACGAAGAGCGUGCCGCCAGUAUCCUAGCCCGCAUCCCUGCUGGACGAUGGGGCAAUCCAGAUGACUUCAAGGGCUCAGUAGUGUAUUUGGCCAGUCGGGCGAGCGCCUAUAUGAGCGGAGAGAUCUUAACUGUGGACGGAGGUUGGAUGGGACGAUAG